CAAUAUUCUACCGGCCAAACUCAGCUUCAGGACAAAGCAUCUCCCUGUCUCCUUGUAACUUGUAAGUACUAUUAAACUGUGUCUCUCUAUCUUAGCAUCUGCACAAACCCAUGUCUAUAUAUAUAUCCUCUGUCCACCCUCUCUAUCUUUCUUGAAGAUUCAUGAGAAGCAAAGGGCGGAGCUAAAAGAAAGAAAGAUGGCUUCUUUCUCUCUGCACUCAUGUCUUCCAUCAUCAUCAAUUCACACCUUGAAGCCCAACUCACAAAAAGCUUUGAUUUUUAUUAGCCCAACACAUGUUUCUUUCUUGAAAAACAACUCAAAGCUUAGACUUGUCACUUCCUGUUCUGCAAAGGAUGACUCUGCUUCCUUCCCUGCUGGAGAUAACAUCCCAAGCAAUUUUUGCAUAAUAGAAGGGCCGGAAACUGUUCAAGAUUUUGUUCAGAUGCAAACACAGGAAAUCCAAGACAACAUAAGGAGUAGGCGCAAUAAAAUAUUUCUUCUCAUGGAAGAGGUCCGAAGGUUACGAGUACAACAACGCACCAAACGUUUAAAAGCAUUUGACAGUGAUAGCAUGGAGGAGAAUGAGAUGCCUGACAUUACAUCAACUAUUCCCUUCCUCUCUCGUAUGACGCCAACUACAUUGAAGCAGCUCUACCUGACAAGCUUUGCAUUUGUAUCUGGAAUCAUCGUCUUUGGGGGUCUUCUCGCACCAGUUCUUGAACUAAAAUUGGGUAUUGGCGGCACGUUGUAUGAAGACUUCAUCCGCAAUAUGCACUUACCUAUGCAGUUGAGUCAGGUGGACCCCAUAGUAGCGUCUUUUUCAGGUGGAGCAGUGGGGGUCAUAUCAACUUUAAUGUUGAUUGAAGCUAGUAAUGUUGAGCAACAAGAGAAGAAAAGGUGCAAGUAUUGCCAUGGAACUGGGUACUUGGCUUGCGCUCGCUGUUCUGCAAGUGGUGUGUGCUUAAAUAUUGAACCCAUUUCAGAGUCCAUGUCUUCUGAUCAACCAUUACGGGCUCCCACCACAAAAAGGUGUACAAACUGCUCAGGAGCAGGAAAGGUGAUGUGCCCAACAUGCCUGUGCACUGGAAUGUUAAUGGCAAGCGAACAUGACCCCCGGUUUUAUCCUUUUGAUUAAUGAAUACUGAAGAGAUUCCACCGGAUAGACACACAUGAUAUUACAACAUCGGAUCGUAGUAGAUAAUCAAAUCAAUGGAUGAAGAUAGUGCUACUGCAACUCUACGAGAGAUACAAUAAAGAAACAGUAUAUAGUGUUUAAAGACUGUUUCUUCACUUAAAUUUGUAGCAUAGCUUGAAUUGUCUUUGUGCUAAAUACUUAAACUUCUUGUUGAAUGUGUAAACUGUAAUCUUCUGUCAUUUCUAUUCAAAUGCUAAAAAAGGUUAUCAUA